CUCCCCCAAUACACCAAGCACCACAACCAACAACGACGAGAAUGUCCUCUGCACCGCUGCUGCCGCUGUCGGCGCUGAUGCGGGAAGCGGCAGCCCGCUCCCAGCGCCAGGAUGACAAGGAUGGGAAGGAUCAAGGGUCGCAUGUGCAGGAAGAAGCAGCAGCAGCGUUGCUGCCAGCCAGGAACGGCGCGGGCUGGCGAAGCCUGGCGCUUCCAACCUCUUCCUCCUCCGCAUGGACACACACUGCCACCGCUGGCAACGAUGCAGAGCGCAGCCGGCGUGCAAAGGGCGCGCGAGCAUCGCACACCGAUGCCAAACAGCAAGGGCAGGACCUCUCCUUCCAACAGCUCACCACGGAGCAGCGUGCAGCAUUCUUCACCGCACACAAGAUGAACCUCGGCCCCCAGUCGUCGGUGUGGGGCGUGAUGGUGCCGGAGCUGAGCACGCGAGCCAUCACCCGCAUCCUGGGCAGCAGCGCCUUCAAGACGUACUGCAUGCAGCGCAGGCGGCUCGAGCUCGACCGCACCCUCCAUCGUCAGGCCGCCGACGGCGACAGCGGCGAUGACGACGUGGACGGUGGGCACACUGAACAACAGGGGAUGGCGAGCAACCGGGCACAGGGCGUGAAGAGUGCAGCAGCGAAGCGGAGACAGCGCGACACUGGACAACAGCGCUGCCGCAAGCGGCACAACGACAGCAACGGCAGCAACGACAGCAACGGCAGCGUGGGCGAAGGUGAUGAUGAGUCUGGAGGCGAAGACGACGUUGGUGGUGGUGAUGCGGUGCAUGGCGGUGUUGAGCCGAGAGCAACGGCCGAGACGAAGGUGAUCGAAAGCACAUCCCUUGUCAAUGAUGUCCCCCAACACACCCGCACGCUGGAGGAACGCCGCAGCGCUCUCGACGCUUUCUUGGACGCACAACAAGACACCCUCUUCGACUGAACUCUGCUGGUCUUGUGUGUGCUGUGUGUGAUUGUGUGUGUGUGUGUGUGAUUGUGUGUGUGUGUGUGUGUGUAUGUCUGUGCUUGUACGUGUGUGCCUGUGUUGCGUGUCUGUCUGCCUGUGGCUCAUUAAGCAGCAAGCAAGCGGUGCCCACAACUUCAGCAAAGAAGACAUCAACACGAGCAUUGGCCGCCCCCUUGUUGUAAACCCCCGCUACAAAUCCAACAAACAACAGCAGCUCAACAAGUGACAACUUUGGGAUCAACGCAAGACAACGCAGUGCUGCUGCAGUAGGAUGUCUGCUUACGACCUACAGCCGCCCUCCGUUGCGGUGUCGUUCGUGAACGAGAGUCGAGAGCAGACGUUGAUACCCUCGCGCGCCUUCUGCCGGCAUGGCUUCUGGCACCCCGACGAUGCGCGACGCGCGUUGUCCAAGCGCCCGAGCAAGCUCAGUGCGUGCAGCUCAGGGAAGCUGCGCCUUCGCGUGUUCCUGGACAGCGCGAGUGGCCUUCCCGCAAUGGACCGCAAUGGCCUGUGUGACCCUUACGUCGUCAUCAAGUUUGGCGAUCAGACAAAGACCUCCGUUGUCGAACAGCACACAAGGAACCCGCAAUGGGCGCAAAGCUUUGUGUUCGACAUCAACGCAGAGGAUGAGGAUGCUGUGCCGCCGCUUGAGUUUGUGGUGAAGGACAAGGACUCGUUCAGCUCGUCGCUGAUCGGUAGCGUCUCCUUCUCCACGCGGCAGCUUGAGCUCGAGCAAUCGCAGAUGGUCGAACUGCCCAUCCUUCAGGCGAAAUCGCGGAGUGAAAUGGGCACAACGACACGGCGACGCAUACGGGGCACGUUGUCUUUCAAGAUCACCAAAAUCCUGGAGCCCGUCAUGGAGUCCUCGGAGCCGUCGUCACGACGAUCAAGCAAAGCAGCAACAGCAGCAGUAGCAGCAGCAGAGAGCAGAGGCGUGUUGGAGGUGUCGGUAAAGCUGGUGCAGGCUGAGCAUCUGCUGGCGAUGGAUUCGAAUGGCGAGUCUGACCCCUUUGUCAAACUUCGUCUCGGGGGCAAGACGUACAAGUCAAAGACGCGGUACAAGACGCGAUCACCGGUGUGGAAUCAGAUGUUUCAGUUCAAGGCCCGGGCUGGUGAUGACCAGCUCGUGCUGAAGGUCUACGACUGGAACCUCACGGGAAAGAGCCAGGCCAUGGGGCAGUGCCGCGUGACUGUCGGGGAUUUGCCGGUCAACCGCUCCGUCAAGAAGUGGCUCAAGCUCAAGCACGAUGGGGCUGACGCCGGGGAGAUUUGUGUCAUGCUGACUGUGAGCAGCCUGCUUGCAUCGCCGCGGGAGGGGCCGACCAGUCGCAGGACGUCGUCCGCCCCUGCACCGGCUGGGUUGCGGACGUGUGGGACGCUGGAGGUGCACGUUGCGAGCGCAAGCGCACUCGACGCCAGGGACUAUGGCGGUGUAUCGGACCCCUAUGUGGUGCUCGAACUUGGAAACUUCAAGCAGCGCACGCGCACCAUCCACAAGACCAUCAACCCAGACUUUGAUCAGCUGUUCAUGUUCCCCGUGACGGACGUGUUUGACGUGCUGCGCGUGCGUGUGUACGACGAAGAUCGCGGAUCGUCCGACGAUUUCCUCGGCGCCGUCGACAUCCCGCUCCUCGAGAUUGUGAACAACAAAACGGAGCGAUUCUUCCUGAAGAAGGAGUCGAUGCUGAAACUCUACAAGGGCUACAUCUCCCUCACCAUGAACCUCCAAUACGCAAAGGUUCCUGCGUAUCUACGAUUGAUUGCGCCGCGCGAUUUGAACGUGCUGGAAGAGGACGAUGUUCUCAGCACAGCGACGCUCAAACGCAACUUCAUGCGCGUGUUGAGUUUGGUUGAGCGCGUGCGUGCCGUGCUGCGCAUGUUUGACCAGCUGUUCAAGUGGCAGCUCGGGGCAGCCCAGUCCUUCCUCUUCUUGCUGUUUUGGAUCUUUGCGACGCUGAGAUUAGACACGUACCACGUGCCUGCCUUGUUUGGCUUUGGACUGCUCGUCCAGUACAUUCUCCCACAGACGGCGCUGCUUGGACCCUCUGUGUCACACUUGGAAGCUGCUGAUGGCCCACGGCAACGCCGGCCAAGCAAGAGCAUACGCGAACGCAUCACAUCCAUCACCCACAUUGUCUUGAGUGUGCAGAACACGCUCGGGGAAGUGGCCUCCAUCUUUGAGCGUCUCAACAAUUUGCUGCACUGGAAGGCGCCCGUGCUGGGAUGGGUGCUGGUUUCCGUCCUGCUCAUCUCCUCCCUUGUUCUCGCCGUCGUCCCUGUUCGCUACGUCCUCCUCUGCUGGGGCGUGCUGCGCUCGGUGCGGGCGUUCCACAGGAAGUACGUGCGCCGCGGCGACCCGCCUGAGCCCAGGCCGCCACCGCACCUCAACUUCCUCAGCCGGGUGCCAGAUAAUAUUGAGCUGUUGCAGCAGCAGCGUCUGUGAAGGAUUGCUGUGUUCUGUUGCUUGUCUUGGUGUUGGCGUUGUUCUGCUGCGAAGAGCGAGGGAGGGGAGUGUAAGGAGUGUACACAACAAGCGGAGGUGGAUGUGAAGGGGUACACAAGCAGCCAGAGGCCAGAUGAAAGCAAAGCAGGC